CUUCUGGUAAGUCGUGUCUGCCAGCUUUUACUUGGUUAUAGUGGCUAAAAGGCUUAAAUUUUGUAGAAUUUUUUAAAAAGUAUAUUCUUUUUAAAGAAUAGCUAUAAACCCAAAAUUCAUUUUUGGUCUGUGGGAGCUGGGAAGUGACCAGUUUGGAGAGAGAUGGUGAAGAAUUGGAGAAAAGGUUUGGUUUUGGUGCUGUUUACACUCUGCAUUUUGGGGUUUAAGCCCCCAUGUUCAAAUGCAGCAACAGAUCAAGGAGACGCUUCUGCCUUAGGGGUUAUGUUCAGCAGUUUAAACUCACCGCCGCAGCUAACUGGGUGGACCGCUAACAAUGGCGACCCUUGUGGGCAGCCCUGGAAAGGUGUUACUUGCUCUGACCAACAUGUCACUGAAAUUAAACUGUCGAAUCUUGGACUUUCCGGUUCAGUGGGUUACAGCCUUCAAAGUUUGACAUCGUUGAAGGAACUGGACUUGAGCAAUAACAAUCUUGCUGGCGAUAUACCAUAUAACAUUCCUCAGAACUUGCAGCGAUUAAAUCUUGCAUUUAAUCAAUUUACUGGAAGUGUCCCUUAUUCCAUCAAUCAGAUGCAUUCUCUUCAAUACCUAAAUCUUGCACAUAACCAGUUGCAGAACCAAUUGAGUGACAUGUUCGGACCACUUUCUUCCCUCUCCACAUUGGAUCUCUCUUUCAAUUCUCUGACUGGUGAUCUCCCUGAGAGUUUUAAGAACCUUACUAGUAUGAACUCUAUGUACUUGCAGAACAACCAGUUUACAGGCACUAUUGAUGUCCUUGCCAAUCUUCCCCUUGAAACUCUAUAUGUCUCCAACAACCGUUUUACCGGCUGGAUACCUAAUCAAUUGAAAAGCAUCAAUUUGCAGAAGGAUGGUAAUUCAUGGAGUUUGGGGCCUGCGCCUCCACCUCCACCUGGUACCCCUCCUGCCACUAGAAAUAAUAGAAAUCACAAAUCCAGUGGCAAUAGUUCACCAACUGAUGGAGCUUCUAGUGGUUCUAGUGGUGGGGGUAGCAAAUCGGGGAUUGGAAGUGGAGGCAUAGCAGGAAUAGUAAUAUCCAUCCUUAUAGUCGGGGCUAUUGCAGCAUUCUUUCUGGUGAAGAGAACAUCUUGGAGGCCAUCCUCAGAUAUUGAAAUGCAUGAUAAUCAAUCGUUUGCACCUCUUCCUUCUAAUGAAGUACAAGAAAUAAAAUCCAUACAGUCUUCCUCUUCAGUUGACGCCAAGACCUUUGACACAGCUCCUUCGAUGAACCUCCGACCCCCACCUGUUGACCUUCACAAAUCAUUUGAUGAAGAAAACUUUUCCAAAAAUCCCAUUGUUGUUAAGAAAGCUUUCCCAGCUCCUGAAAAUGUUACAUCAUAUUCAAUAGCAGACCUCCAGAUGGCUACAGGCAGUUUCAGCGUGGAAUAUCUUCUUGGUGAAGGAUCGUUUGGGUGUGUUUAUCAAGCUCAAUUUAAUGAUGGCAAGGUUCUUGCUGUGAAGAAAAUAGAUUCGUCAGCUCUUCCCAGUGAAAUGUCUGACAAUUUUUUAGAGAUGGUUUCGAACAUAUCCGAGUUGCAUCACACAAAUGUCACAGAGCUGGUUGGCUAUUGUUCAGAGCAUGGACAGCACCUACUUGUCUACGAGUUCCACAAAAAUGGCUCACUCCAUGACUAUCUGCAUCUAUCAGAUGAGUACAGCAAGCCUUUGAUCUGGAAUUCCCGUGUCAAAAUUGCUCUAGGGACUGCACGCGCUUUAGAGUACUUGCACGAAGGUUGCUCUCCGUCUGUUGUUCAUAAGAAUAUCAAGUCGGCAAACAUCGUACUUGAUGCUGAGCUCAACCCUCACCUUUCAGACUCUGGCUUGGCAACCUUUAUUCCAAAUGCAGAUCACGUAUUAAGUCGUGAUGAUGUUACUAUGUCCGGAUACGGUGCACCCGAAGUUACAAUGUCUGGUCAGUACUCUCUUAAGAGUGAUGUUUACAGUUUUGGAGUGGUUAUGUUGGAACUUCUCACCGGACGUAAGCCAUUCAAUAGCACAAGGCCAAGAUUAGAGCAAUCUUUGGUUCGAUGGGCAACGCCUCAGCUACAUGAUAUUGAUGCUCUAACUAAGAUGGUCGACCCUGCGCUUGAAGGGCUUUACCCGGUUAAAUCGCUCUCUCGGUUUGCAGAUGUGAUUGCUCUGUGUGUACAGCCGGAGCCCGAGUUUCGACCUCCUAUGUCAGAAGUGGUUCAAGCAUUGGUUCGACUAGUGCAACGAGCUAACAUGAGUAAGAGAACAAUAGGGACAGAUCAAGGUGCAUCCCAGAGACGCAAUACUGAUGAUUCACAUGAGUACGUGUCUUGAAUGGAUAAUGCAGUAGGCGCUUGACUGUUUCAGAGAAGAGGACUUGAGAUCAAUGUUAUUGUUUUAUGGUAAUAUUGUUUUAGCUAAUAAAAUAUACCUCCUCUAACUUUAGCUUUAGUUUCAAAUUGGUCCAGCACUUUGUAAUAUGAUUAUAACCCCAUUAGUUGAAAUGACAAAGGAGGAGUGUUAGA